UACAAGGCGACACUCAGUGACACAGAGUAGAGGGACAACUACAGAACAUAUGUGAUGACCAUCCAAAGAGUUUUUAAAGAAGGUGCAGAUGAAGUAUCGCAAGGGUCGAAACGUCAUUUUCUUAAUCAUGGGAAAUGUCAGAACUCUCUGAGGUUGGAGAAGGGAAGAGAUUACUUCAUCUGGGGUAAAAAGGAGGAUCUCUGGGGACUGCCAUCUGUAUACUCCUAUAUCAUAGGCAGAGACACCUGGUUUGAAUGGUUCCCGAACUCAAAUGAUUGCCAGAAAUCUGAACAUACUUACCUCUGUGAAAAGGCCCAGCAGCUGGAAGAGGAUCUGGACUUUAAUGGAUGUGGGCUGUGA